AGAUAUUUCGCCCAAGGGUUUUUAGGGUUUAGGCAACUCCACUGGUUUGACGACUUGCCUCGUAGCUGCUCCUCUUCGCAUUUCCGAGUUCGUUUGAUCUUUCGUUUUGGAAUUUGGAAACAGCUGGAAUGUGGACGCUUCGUAGAGCUUCCAUUCAUCUCAGGAACCAGGAGUUGGUUUGGGGGACUGCCCGUAUAUGCUGUGGGAAAUUGGAGACACCUGGAUGCUGUCAAGGGAAUUACAAUUCUGAAUCACUUAAACCACAAAAAUUGCUGUUUGAUGGAUUGUUAUCUUCUCCUAGCUUUUUUACAACAUCCAGGCAUUCUAAGUUGUAUGAGGAUGUUCGGACCUUUUCUUCACAGGCUGAUGCUAAGAGCGGUGGAAAGGAAGAUGAUGAUGAUGAUGUGGAGGAUGGCUUCUCUGAGCUCGAAACUCCUCGUGACAUAGCUGAGGAUGAUAAUGAAGAUGAGGAGAGUGAUUCUGAAGAUACUGAGUUGGACACUAUUGGUUCCGAGAAUCAUGUUGAAGUGGAGAAAUCCCUAAAACCUAGAGGUAUUUCAUCAUUGACUAAAGCUAUACUAGCCGCACCUGCAUCAUCGGUGGGGACAGCAUUGGAUAAAUGGGUCGAAGAAGGAAACGAGAUAUCCCAAACAGAAAUCUCAAUUUCCAUGUCUCAACUUCGAAGACGGCGCUUAUAUCUCAAGGCAUUGCAGCUGUCUGAAUGGGCGGAAUCGAAUAAGCACAUUGAAUUUAAGGAGAGCAAUUACGCUGCCCGUGUGGAUCUAAUUUCUAAAGUAAAAGGCACCUAUAAGGCGGAGGAAUAUCUCGAGCAGAUUCCCGAGGAAUUCAGAGGCGAGCUAGCAUACCGUACUCUAUUAGCAAACUACGCUGCCACGACCAACGUAAAGAAAUGCGAGAAGAUAUUCAACAAAAUCCGGGAUCUAGGAUUGCCCCUCACCUGCUUUUCUUGCAACCAGUUGCUACUUCUCUACAAAAGGACCGACAAGAAGAAAAUUGCCGACGUCCUUCUCUUGAUGGAGAAAGAAAACAUCAAACCAACCCUCUUCACUUACUGGAUUCUAAUUGACGUGAAAGGGUUGUCGCGUGACAUAACCGGGAUGGAACAAAUCGUCGAAACAAUGAAGGCCGACGGAGUCGAGCCCGACGAUAAAAUCCGAGCGUCGUUAGCCCGUCACUACGUCGCUGCUGAUUUAAAAGAGAAAGCCGAGGCAGUGCUGAAAGAGAUGGAACGAGACGAUGAAGAUACGUUGAAAAACCACAGGAAGGUUUAUAGUUUACUAUUUCCGAUUUACGCUUCUCUAGGGAAGGAAGACGAAGUUGAGCGAAUCUGGAAAGCCUGCGAGUCGAAUCCGCGGUGGGAAGAAUGCCUCGCGAUAAUCGACGCCUGGGGGAAGCUUGGAAAAGUCGAGAAAGCCGAGGAAGCGUUCAACAAAUUGCUACAGAAAAUCAAGAAACCGAAUUCGAAACACUUCACGGCGCUCCUAAAGGUGUACGCUAAUCACAAAAUGCUGACGAAAGGGAAGGAGCUGGUGAAGAAAAUGGAGUCGUGCGGGUGCGUUAUCGGGCCGUUAACUUGGGACGCGCUUGUGAGGCUUUACGUCGGGGCCGGGGAAGUCGAGAAAGCCGCUUCGAUUCUCGAAAAGGCUGUGAAGCAGACGAAGAAGAGGCUGAUGCUUUUGUCGUAUCUGACGAUUAUGGACAAGUAUUCGGAGAGGGGCGACGUGCACAACGCGGAGAAGAUGUUCUUGAUGAUACGGCGGAGCGGAUACCCGUCGCGGCUGCGGGUUUAUCAGGGGCUGGUGCAGGCGUAUAUAAAUGCCAAGAAACCAGCUUAUGGGUUCAUUGACAGGAUGAAGGCUGAUAAUAUAUUUCCCAAUAAGUAUAUGUCUGGUCAGUUGGCUAAGGUUGAUGCGUUUAGGAAAUCAGCUAUUGCUGAUUUGCUUGAAUGAAUAUGAGAUGAGAUUUGUUGUUUAGGUGAAAACUUGGAGGAGAUGAGAUUUCUUUAAUUUUGGGGUUUUUUUUUGGUAUUUCUAUGCAUCGAUUUACAAAAGUAUAUGAAAGUUUUUAGGGGUAUGUUUGGGGUUUGGCUCGAAGUUUUUAUUAGAGUUUUGUUGGGAAAUUUGUUGAGUUUAAUAGUUACGUUUGAAUCGGCAAUCGGCAAAGAAUAUGACACUAUGUGAAAGACAACUUAUGAGGAGUCUUUUCUUAUACUAUUCUUUACUGGGCAAAGUUUGAUAUCA